UUCUCCUUCAUGGUCGUCGUCUUCUUCAUCACUCUCACUUCUAACUUGUCACUGACAGUAACACCCACUCAACCACCGUUACUUUCUCUUUGCUUCUUCUUCUUCAAAUCGUGCCUGCUCCUGCAGUUCACCGACAAGAGAUUCCAACCCGUCCAUGAUCUCACCAUUGGCGUUGAGUUCGGUGCUCGCAUGGUCACCAUCGAUUCCCGACCUAUCAAGCUUCAGAUAUGGGACACUGCUGGGCAAGAGUCAUUUAGAUCCAUUACUAGAUCUUACUACAGAGGAGCAGCGGGAGCACUUCUAGUUUAUGACAUUACUAGGAGAGAGACUUUUAAUCAUUUAGCAAGUUGGCUGGAAGAUGCUCGGCAGCAUGCCAACCCUAUCAUGACAAUCAUGCUGAUAGGCAACAAGUGUGAUCUUUCUCACCGAAGGGCAGUGAGCAAAGAGGAGGGUGAGCAAUUUGCAAAGGAAAAUGGACUUCUGUUCUUGGAAGCUUCUGCUAGGACAGCUCAAAAUGUGGAAGAGGCCUUCAUAAAGACUGCUGCAAAGAUUCUCCAGAAUAUUCAAGGUGGUGUCAUUGAUGUGUCCAAUGAGUCAUUUGGUAUAAAACCAGGGUAUUUACGUCUCCAAAAUCAAAACGGUGCAAGAGAUGGAACUGUUAGUACUGGGGGUGGCUGUUGCAGCUGAUUAUGAGAAACUCAAACUCUGUGUAAUCUUUCUGUGAAUUUAUAUCUGGAAUUCCCUGUGAUAAGAGAGUAAAUAUACUUCUAGACUUGCCAUGGAAUGAAACUUUUGGAUAAUACUGCAAUCUCAUGUAUAGAUCUAAUCUCAAAAACAUUUGACUAUAUAGCACAUCCACUGAUCCACUGAAUGAAUGUUUGGAAAAUACCAUCUGUAGUGUUAUUUAAUGUCAAAUGCCAUUGUGAAAUUCUUCCACUCAGGCUUUUAUAUUGGAAUGGAUUUUUUCAAUUUUCUU